AUGGAAUCCUUUGCUGUGUUGUCCGCCAGUUCUGUUGCAAUGCUGUACAAUGUUUUGAGGACUCCAACUCAUGCAGUAGUGCUUCCCUCAAGAGUGAUUUUGCUGACCGCACAACAAGACGUGGCAUACAUUGAGAGCCCGGGAUUCCCCGACGCGUUGUAUCCGAAGGACACGCAACAACAGUUUGACGUCAAGGUUCACCUUGGGGACAGGCUGAUGGAAGAGUCUGCACGGAUCCAGGUUACCUUUGAGGUCUUUCUCAUGGAGAAGAGUUACUUUUGCCACAAGGACGGAUUUGACAUUGUUGACAGAACGGGAGAAGUCAGAGCAUACUGUGGUCCGCAGGGUGGCAGGAAUUUCCUGAUGCAAGACAGUCACAUACGAAUGCGCAUGUUCACGGACGAAACCGUCGAAGACCGGGGAUUUCGGAUCAGAGUGAAGCUGUUCCAGUCUCCAUGUGGCGGCAUCUUCCAGAGGCAAGGGUCGGGCAUCAUUAUGAGUCCCCAUCACCCCUACGCCUACACCGCCGACAGCCUCUGCAUAUGGAGAAUAGAGGCUCCACGCAAUAUGCUCAUCAAGUUAGAGUUCACGAGCUACUUUGACAUUCGAAGCGAAGACGACCAAACGUGCCUCAUGGACUAUCUGGCUGUCAGUCGCACGGGAAAUUUCUCCACGGAUACCAAAAGAUACUGCGGUCAAACACGUCCAAGAAGCAUCAUAUCAAAGACGAAUAAGCUGGAACUGAAAUUUGUCUCGGACUGCAUCGAAGAUGGACGCGGUUUCAAGGUGCGCUUUGACUUAAUAAGUGCAUACAAUGUCCCCAUGGCUCCAUCGACGAUACCAUACAUUCCACAAUCAUGUAGUCGGGUAGAUUGUGGAAAGGCGCACGAUGAGACUGCAAGGAUUGUCGGUGGGUCAGUGUUUCGGCCGCACAAAUAUCCUUGGCUGGUUCCAAUUUUCGAUGAUUUCUAUACGUAUAUUUGCUCGGGAAGCCUCAUCAGCCCAAGAUUUGUCUUAACCGCAGCUCAUUGCUGCGAAGACCAGAAAAAGCUGUACGUGAAAUUGGGAGCCCACAGCCUCAGGGAAGGGCUUUACAGGCCAGUGAGCCAAUGCGUGAUCCACCCCGGGUACAAAAGGAGGAACUACGUAAACGACAUCGCCGUCAUCGAACUGGCACAGAGUGCUAGAUUAAACGACUUUGUCAGACGCAUCUGCCUCCCUGUCGAAGAAGUUGACACGACGGGCAAGAGCGGUGUCAUCGGCGGCUGGGGGAGGGAAUCCUACGGAGGCAGGGACAGGGACACGCCCAAGGACGCUGAGGUGCCCUUCGUCUCCAACGCAGAGUGCGUCAGCAAGUUUGGCAGCCUCAUCUUGGACACCAACAUCUGCGCGGGAGGACUCAAGGAAGACACUUGCCAGGGCGACAGCGGGGGCCCCCUGGUGUCUCGAUCGCACGUGCAAGGGAAGUACGUGCAGCUGGGGCUCGUGUCCACGGGGAUCGGGUGCGGCCGCGAGGGCUUUCCAGGCGUCUACACCUUCGUGCAGAAGUACCACGACUUCGUCUACAACGUGACCAAGGAGCCCUGGUGCACUGUCAACAAUCGAUGA